AGAGAUCUCAAAAUCGCUCUCGAAGUUUCGGCCAAAGUGAUAUUGAAGCCGUUGUGUCGAUCAAGAGUUGAUCCAAGUCAACUUGAAUCCCAGUAGUGUCAAUGUCAGGAACGAGUGUCAUUCGAGGACCUGAACACCAAAAUGCAGACCCCCCUAUAGACGAGAGGAUAGAGGAGGAAGAACAGGAGGAGGAGGAGGAGGAGGAGGAGGAGGAAGAAGAAGAAGAAGAAAUGGAUGAAUAUGAAGCUCUGACACAAAAACUUAACCACGAUACCAACAAACAGCAAUAUGAUCCCUCACAAGACAAAUCCGAACGACGCACAAUACGGCAGAGGUACAGAGAGUUGAUUCAAGCAGCUGAAGACAACAAACGUGAAUUGGCAGCAUCAGACUCAGCGGGUCUAAGAGACACGGUGAAAAAGGCAAAUGAAUUGUACAGCCAAGUACGGAAUACCCAAGAAGCAACGCUCGAUUCUCGUCUACUAGUCCUUUCUGCCGAUCUUAGCACUCAAAAAGCAAGAAAUUUGCGUAUGGACUUGAAUACCUUCGACACUGAUGAAUUUGUAUCGAAGAUUAUCAGUCUUGGUGGAGGACGCCAUGUCGGUGAAACAGGCGAUGAGCAGGAGGAAUUGAACUGGGUAGACAUUGGAAAGCAAGCGAUUCGGUUUGGCAAGCGACCUGUGACAAUGGAUUUUAUGCAAGGUCCAUUAGCUGUUGAAAAAAAGCAACGCACCGUGACAAGAGCAGCUAGGAUUACAAAAAACAAAGAAGAUUUGGUAAAACCUCUUCAGCUACAAGAAGGUGACAUACAAGCGUCAGAAAACGAUACAGCAAAUAGUGUCAAUUACAUAUACCGAAUCCUACAUGAGAGAGGUCCCACCAACUACUUUGAGCUUGUAACCAAUCCUACCUCGUUCUCGCAAACCAUCGAGAACAUAUUCUAUGUAUCAUUCUUGAUCCGAAAUGCAGUGGCUUCCAUUGAUGAUAGUUCAGGUGUUCCCAUUAUCAGUGUGCACGAACCACCAACGGCGGACGAGUUAGGAGAUGGUUUGACUAAAAAACAGAUCAUCAUGUCUCUGGAUAUGGCACUUUGGAAGGUAAGGCGGUAUCCCAAGUGGUGUGUUGUCGAAUGAUUAGGGCUAAAAGCUGACCUUGAGUGGCACCC